AUGGAUGGCGCCUUGCUUUCGAGCCCGCGCGCAUGCGCCCCGGCGUCCCGGCGGCGAGCGGCGGAGCAUCCUGUCCCGCGCCCCGACGAAACGGGCUGCGCGGGUCUGUUCCGCACGAGGGCGGCCGACUGUGGGGCGGUGCAGAGGUUUGAAAUUUUCUCCGGACUCGAUCAGGCCGACCAAACGAAGAACCAGCUGUCAGCCAAACUCUCCCCCGUCCGCCCUCUCCUCGCGCUCGCGCCACCUCUCCCCCGCGCCGCCGCGCCCGCACCCUGCCCUCCGCGGCUGCUCCAGCUCCUGCGGCGGCGCCUGCCGAUCUGCCUCUGCGCGCGCGCCGCGGAGGCGAGCUUGGCGGCGUCGCGCCUGCGCACGGGAGGCGCUGCGGACGAGGAAGCCGUCGAGCAGGCUGUCGUCGGCGCAGGCGGCGCGGAGGAGCGCGGCCUGCGCGAGCGGGAGGUGCAGCAGCUCGUCGAGCACGCAGAGGAGCGCCCGGACGUGGGCCAGCGACAGCGGGUUCGCCGCUCCUGCAGCUUCCCAAGGGCCGCCGGAGACCUCCCUCCCGCACCCGCGGCGAGUUCGUGCCGCGCCGGCCGCCUCUCCCCCGCGCCGCUGGGUCCUCCGGUGCCGCCGCCGCCAGCGAAGGCUGCUGCCGAGAGGGGCCUCCCUGAAGUCCUCAAGUUCUCCGACGGCGACACGGCGCAGCGCUUGCGGAUCUUGGUGGCGGCGGCGGAAGCUCCUCCUGUCACGGUCAGCUCAGCGGCGGCUUCCCUCAGCAUCGCCGUCCUGGAUUCAGACACCAGCCGACCUUGUCGCUGCUAGACCUGUGCGAGAAGGAAGGCAUCUGAGCUGUUGGGGAGGUGGUUGCUUUGAGCUUCAAGGAAGCUCAAGCUGCUGGUGGUUUCAUUUUCCCUACCUGAAAGGAUGGAGAAGACCUGGUACUUGGAAGGCCCCUGGAAAAAAGCAGGCUGCAAGAAGGCUGCCUGAGCAUCCAAACUGAUGUGAUUACUUCUGUAAAAUGAAACCAGCAUUGCCUGAGCAUCCAAACUAAUGCUGUAUUUGCUUGACAAUUGAUUUUAGUUGUACUGUUAAGUUGUACUGUAUUAUUAGUGUUGUGAAAAUAAUCUUGCAGUCCCUUAUGUACUGAACCUGAAAGAUGUGCAACAUGACAAUUAUCAGGUCAACCUGUCAUUCAGAACACAGACAGCUUAUGUACUGAAAUCUGAGUUCCUUUUCAUUCUGGAGGAAAGAAGAUAAUGUUGUUUCUUGUUUU